AUGGAUGAUAAAGUAAUUAUAGAGAUUCCAAAUGAACUGACCACGCGACACAAUGAAAAAAUUACAAAGAUUGUGUGUUCUCCAAAAUUAGAUUAUGUUGCAACUUGGAGCGAUGAAGACAAGUCAGCUUGUAUAUAUUCUAUUGAAGAUCGAAUGAAUCUGAUAUUUAAAGGAUACUAUCCACUAAUAAAACAGAUCGAACAUGGUCUUUCCAAAGAUGGUCCUUUCAGAAAGAUAAGAUCUUAUUUUUUAAAAGUUAAAGAGUAUGAACUAAACCUAUUAGAUUCAAAACAUAUUGCGUUGAUGCCUUAUAAUCCUGAUAAUCCUGAUAAUUCUGAUGAUAGAGAUCUCAGACAUGCAGCUGAGGAAAUAGAAUUAAAACAACCAUAUAUAAUUAAUUAUAGAAUAGUUUUUUGUAUUGACGAAAAUCAAUUGAAAGUCCAAAACUUUCAUGAAUCUUGGAGGGUUAAGCUUAAUAAUAUGAACUCUACCUUGGUUGCAGAAGAAGUAUUAGAAGAAAUUAAGAAAGAAGAUGAAUUUACCGAAUAUAUUGAAUCUAUUUUACAUUACGAUGAUUGGAGUAUCAAAAAAGAACAAGAUAAAAUAAAUAUAUAUAUCUGGACUUUUGAGGAAAAGUCAAAAAUAAUACGAUUAAAUUAUUUUUGGAAAUUUUCAGCAUCAUAUUUUCAAAAAGAAUAUAAAGAAUAUUCCCCAUAUUUACCCUCUCCAGGAUUCGAAUUUGAGUUAAAAACAAAAAAUUGUAAAAAAAAUUAUGAUUUUAAUGAGUUGAUGAUUGAAGAUUAUGUUAAUUCACGGUUUAAAUUAAGUCUUUAUGGAAAAGAUUUAAUGGAACAUUUAUUGAAAAAAAAUAAAUUCGAAUCUAUUGAAAAGCUAUUGAAAAAUAUAAUUAAAUUGACCAUUAAGAAUGAUGAUAAAAAUUUUAUUUCAAAUCUUCCUUUAAUGCGAAUAGUUACGGAUAAUUUUCAUACAUUAAGUCAAUAUCCUGAGAUUAUUAAUUGGUUUUUAUCUAGAAUAGCUUUUUUUGUACCUGACGAUACAUUAUAUGAAGUAGUUAAUCCAAAUUCUACUUCUAGUCAUCUUCAAAAAUUUGAAAUGUAUAACCAAGCUAUCAAAGUUAUCAAAAUCAUAACUGAUUUUUCGUAG